CGCGCACACACUUCCUGGUUUUAUUUUUUCUCGCGUCCGCUAGGGCACGCUGAGCGGCGGAGGCGGCAGCAGCAGCAGCAGCAGCAGCAGCGGCAGUCGCAACAUCUGGGGGAAACUUAAGGUGGUCACGCAGGUUUUCCCGAAGCUGCCGCGCAGAGGAACUUGUGGCUUCCCGGGCAGCAGCAGGGCAACUGAUGUCUACGCCUCUCCUGCCACUGGGGAACAGGAGGCGGCGGGGAGCGGAAAGAGGCGGGGUUGUUGAUUAGAGUUGAGCUCUUCGGUCCGUGGAUAGUUCCACCGCGCUUUCAGCUUUUACAGGAUGGGGGUGGGGAGGUUGUCAAAGGCGCCCCGGUGGCCUGGAAGCGAGCCCCGCUGUGGGAGGCGAGGAGGCUGGAACUCUGCGGGCAGAGAGGGGAGACGCCCCUGAACCCUCCCUCCCCUCUUCCCCGCCUCUCCUAGCCCCAAGGGAGAAGCCCUCAGAGACCCUCCCAGCUCAGGCCGUGGCACCGGCAAGGGGGUCCGCUCCUGAGAGAAGCAGCGUUUCCUUUGCUAGAAAGCUCCUCUCGCCCUCAGCGUGGCGGGUGGAUUGACUUGCCAAGCGGAAUGUGCGGCUACUCGCAGGGCCGCGGGCGUGCGGCACGCUCCCACAGCCCGCCAGGGCCGAUCUCCUGGUAGGGCUGGACGCUCACACUUGAUGCUCACCUGAGCUACUCUACCUUCUUCUCCCCAUGUUUUGUCUUCAGUUGGAGGCUAUGAGAGCCCUUGUGCUUCAGAGGAGGGUCGACUUAUUUCCCUAAAACUCGUGGGAGGAUAGGAGUUAGUGGUGGGCACAGAGGAGUGUCGAAAGUAUUAGAGUUGGCAAAAGGUGAAAUUAGAUAACCUUUCUGCAGAAGGCGCACCUGUUGCCGACUGCUUGGCUGCAUUGUCUGCAAAAGAAAAGUGGAUGACUCCUCACUUUGACUUUUGGGGUCCCAUAAGGGCUGGAUUGUUGCCUAACCCCUCCCGUUCCCUCUCCUCCCUUCCCCACGCACCACGUUUUCCCUCGCACGUGAGCACUGAAAGGAAAGGAACACAGAAAAUAGCCCCUGCCCAUUGCCUUCCACCUUGGACUGUGUGUGUGUGUGUGUGUGUGUGUGUGUGUGUGUACGAGGGAGGGAGGGAGAGAGAGAGAGAGAGAGAAGAGAGAAGAGAGAAGAGAGAGAGAAUAUGAAUAUGCAGGUGACGGCGGCCAGGGACAGGGAAAGGGAGAAGAGGGGAAUGCUGCACGGAUCUAGGGAAAUCCCAACCCGACUGCCUGAGCCCUCUGAGUAUCUCAUGUCAUGGGACUUCUGUACGCGCUUCCGCUAAUGGGGGUGACGACUGUGGGUGGGUGAGGUUAGGGCGCUGCCAGGCACACCCCAUCCCGUGCGAUUCUAGGUGCUGGCUACCUGGCUUACCACAGGGUUCCCUGCGCUCUGGCUUUUGUUGCACCCUCCCCCACGUGUGAGCGGUUGGGCGGAGCGGUGGCUAGGGGGGUUGGGGGAGGUGGGUGAGAUGUUGCGGCUCUGUGAGCUGAGAGGACCUAACUGGAGAGGUCACACUUCUUUCGGAAAAAAAAAAAAAAAAGAAGAAGAAGAAGAAGAAGAAGAAAAGAAAACCAAGCUGACUACCAAGGUGAACCCAGAAUGGUUCCCACCUUAAAAUCGGCCCUGCUCGUGACGUCAGGUCGGAAAUAUACCAAAGCGAGCGCCGGCCAGGAGUCUGGGGAGCGCGGCAGCGCGGUGAUUGGGCGGCGGGCCGCUGACGCGCGCUGACGCGCGGAGACUUUAGGUGCAUGUUGGCAGCAGCAGUGCGAGCCACAUAAACAAAGGCACAUUGGCGGCCAGGGCCAGUCCGCCCGGCGGCUCGUUCACGGCUCCGCAGUCCCGCUCGCCAGCCCAGCCUGCCGGCCGCCUUCCCCUGCUCCUUUCCGGCUCUCGGCCUCUGGGAUCUCUUCGUCCCUCUCGCCCGCCCCUCCCUGACCCUGAACCCGGGCAUCCAGAGGGAACUACACUUCGGCCGAGUUGAAUGAAUGAAGAGAGACGCUGUGAACUCCUAAGGAGGAGAUUUGACAGGCUGGACUCCUCUUUGCUUUUCUAAAAAUCUUGGGAACUUUGUCCUUCAUUGAAUUACGACACUGUCCACCUUUAAUUUCUUUGAAAACGCCUGUAACUCGGCUGAAGCCAUGCCUUGUGUUCAGGCGCAGUAUGGGUCCUCGCCUCAAGGAGCCAGCCCCGCUUCUCAGAGCUACAGUUACCACUCUUCGGGAGAAUACAGCUCCGAUUUCUUAACUCCAGAGUUUGUCAAGUUUAGCAUGGACCUCACCAACACUGAAAUCACUGCCACCACUUCUCUCCCCAGCUUCAGUACCUUUAUGGACAACUACAGCACAGGCUACGACGUCAAGCCACCUUGCUUGUACCAAAUGCCCCUGUCCGGACAGCAGUCCUCCAUUAAGGUAGAAGACAUUCAGAUGCACAACUACCAGCAACACAGCCACCUGCCCCCCCAGUCGGAGGAGAUGAUGCCGCACUCCGGGUCGGUUUACUACAAGCCCUCCUCGCCCCCGACGCCCACCACCCCGGGCUUCCAGGUGCAGCACAGCCCCAUGUGGGACGACCCAGGCUCCCUCCACAACUUCCACCAGAACUACGUGGCCACCACGCACAUGAUCGAGCAGAGGAAAACGCCCGUCUCCCGCCUGUCCCUCUUCUCCUUUAAGCAGUCACCCCCCGGCACUCCCGUGUCUAGCUGCCAGAUGCGCUUCGACGGGCCCCUGCACGUCCCCAUGAACCCGGAGCCAGCGGGCAGCCACCACGUGGUGGACGGGCAGACCUUCGCUGUGCCCAACCCCAUCCGAAAGCCCGCGUCCAUGGGCUUCCCGGGCCUGCAGAUCGGCCACGCAUCGCAGCUGCUCGACACGCAGGUGCCCUCGCCGCCGUCGCGGGGUUCCCCCUCCAACGAGGGGCUGUGCGCCGUGUGCGGUGACAACGCGGCCUGCCAGCACUACGGAGUGCGCACCUGUGAGGGCUGCAAAGGUUUCUUUAAGCGCACGGUGCAAAAAAACGCGAAAUACGUGUGUUUAGCAAAUAAAAACUGCCCAGUGGACAAGCGGCGCCGGAAUCGCUGUCAGUAUUGUCGAUUUCAGAAGUGCCUGGCUGUUGGGAUGGUCAAAGAAGUGGUUCGCACGGACAGUUUAAAAGGCAGGAGAGGUCGUUUACCCUCGAAACCGAAGAGCCCACAGGAGCCCUCUCCCCCCUCGCCCCCGGUGAGUCUGAUCAGUGCCCUCGUCAGGGCCCAUGUCGACUCCAACCCGGCUAUGACCAGCCUGGACUAUUCCAGGUUCCAGGCGAACCCUGACUAUCAGAUGAGUGGAGAUGACACCCAGCAUAUCCAACAAUUCUAUGAUCUCCUGACUGGCUCCAUGGAGAUCAUCAGGGGCUGGGCCGAGAAGAUUCCUGGCUUCGCUGACCUGCCCAAAGCCGACCAGGACUUGCUUUUUGAAUCAGCUUUCUUAGAACUGUUUGUGCUGCGAUUAGCUUACAGGUCCAACCCAGUGGAGGGUAAACUCAUCUUUUGCAAUGGGGUGGUCUUGCACAGGUUGCAAUGUGUUCGUGGCUUUGGGGAAUGGAUUGAUUCCAUUGUUGAAUUCUCAUCCAACUUGCAGAAUAUGAACAUUGACAUUUCUGCCUUCUCCUGCAUUGCUGCCCUGGCUAUGGUCACAGAGAGACACGGGCUGAAGGAACCCAAGAGAGUGGAAGAACUGCAAAACAAGAUUGUAAAUUGUCUCAAAGACCAUGUGACUUUCAAUAAUGGGGGUUUGAACCGCCCCAACUAUUUGUCCAAACUGUUGGGGAAGCUCCCAGAACUCCGUACCCUUUGCACACAGGGGCUACAGCGCAUUUUCUACUUGAAACUGGAAGACUUGGUGCCACCGCCAGCAAUAAUUGACAAACUUUUUCUGGACACUUUACCUUUCUAAGACCUCCUCCCAAGCACUUCAAAGGAACUGGAAAGAAACCUAAAACUGUCCGGAGGGGCAAGUCACAAGGGCAGAGAUAUCUCCCAGAGCUCCCUCAGGUCUAGCCGGCCCCCACCCCUUCCAUAACACCCCUAAACCCUUGAUUCCUAAAGAAAAACAAAACAAACAAACAAAAAAUACUGUUGCUAUUUCCUAACCUACAGGCAGAACCUGAAAGAGCAUUUUGGCUCGGGGCACCCUGGAUUUAGAACAUGGACUACACACAAUACAGUGGUAUAAACUUUUUAUUAUCAGUUUAAAAAUCAGUUUAAUGUUCAGAAGAAAGAUUCCUAAUGUAUGAUGGGAAAUGUUUGGCCACGUUUGGUAGUUGCAGUUAAGACAAAUGUAACACACACACAUACACACACAUACACACACAUACACACACACCAUAAGGGGACCCACAGGUAUUGCCCUUUAAAAGACUUCAAAGUUUUCUGCUGUAAAGAAAGCUGUAAUAUAUAGUAAAACUAAAUGUUGCGUGGGUGGCAUGAGUUGAAGAAGGCAAAGGCUUGUAAAUUUACCCAAUGCAGUUUGGCUUUUUAAAUUAUUUUGUGCCUAUUUAUGAAUAAAUAUUACAAAUUCUAAAAGAUAAGUGUGUUUGCGCAAAAAAUAAAUAAAUAAAUAAAUAAAAAUAACUAAACAAAAAAGGGACCAGCAUGUUGAUUCUAGGUUGAAAAUGUUAUAGGCACUUGCUACUUCAGUAAUGUCUAUAUUAUAUAAAUAGUAUUUCAGACACUAUGUAGUCUGUUAGAUUUUAUAAAGAUUGGUAGUUACCUGAGCUUAAACAUUUUCUCAAUUGUAAAAUAGGUGGGCACAAGUAUUACACAUCAGAAAAUCCUGACAAAAAAGGGACACAUAGUGUUUGUAACACCGUCCAACAUUCCUUGUUUGUAAGUGUUGUAUGUACCGUUGAUGUUGAUAAAAGAAAAUUUAUAUCUUGAUUAUUUUGUUGUCUAAAGCUAAACAAAACUUGCAUGCAGCAGCUUUUGACUGUUUCCAGAGUGCUUAUAAUAUACAUAACUCCCUGGAAAUUACUGAGCACUUUGAAUUUUUUUUUUUUUUUAAUGUCUAAAAUUGUCAGUUAAUAUAUUAUUUUAUGUUUGAGUAAGAAUUUUAAUAUUGCCAUAUUCUGUAGUAUUUUUCUUUGUAUAUUUCCAGUAUGGCACAUGAUAUGAGUCACUGCCUUUUUUUAUGGUGUAUGACAGUUAGAGAUGCUGAUUUUUCUUUUCUGAUAAAUUCUUUCUUUGAGAAAGACAAUUUUAAUGUUUACAACAAUAAACUAUGUAAAUGAACAGAA